AUGCCCAUUCGGCCUAUUCCUUCCUUAAACGGCCGACGUCUUCCGUCCAACAUCCCCCUGCGGACCCUGCAGUCCCGUCCACAUCCAGACCACCAGGACCAAGCGACGUCAUUGCUUGCUUCGGAUCGGAACGACCACCACCACCGUGACCACCACCACUCCUCCUCCCACACCCGCAACCACAACAGCCACCAUCACGACUACAAUAACGACAAGGACCCUCAUCACGGCCACCCGUCACCUGAGGACUCUCUCGCCUCCGAUUCCGACUCGUGGACCGACACUGGCGACCUCGCUGAGCAGCUUGCCGACGAGGAAGACCCCCUCCGAAUCCAGCUCGCUAGCGACAUCGAUGACGAGCUGCUAGCCGGCGUCCACAAAAGGCAUCCCUCCCACUCAAAGCCUUCCAAGAAGAAGCGCGUUCGCAUCCAACUCUCUCCCGGCCGUCACGAUACCUCACCAAGCCGUCGUGGAGCCGUUAAUAAGGAGGCCAUUGAGGUCCCAGACAUCCCCCAACCCCGUCCGACCCGCGCGCAGCGAGUCAUUGGCCUCAUCAUGUCGGGCGGUUCCUCUGUUCACGGCCUCACAGGCCGCGCCCUGAUUUACUUUACGAGUAUCUUCGUAUCGUUGGGUGUCUUCCUCUUCGGGUAUGACCAAGGUGUCAUGUCGGGCAUCAUCACAGGCCCUCACUUCAAGAACUACUUCCACCAGCCCUCCACGGCCGAAAUCGGUACCAUGGUUGCCAUCCUCGAGGUCGGUGCCUUCAUCUCUUCCUUGAUUGUCGGUAAGGUGGGAGACAUCAUCGGUCGACGCAAGACUAUCCUGUACGGUUCCAUGAUCUUCUUCGUUGGCGGCGCCCUCCAGACAUUUGCCAACGGCAUGCCCAUGAUGAUGCUUGGCCGAAUCAUUGCUGGUCUGGGCGUCGGUGCCUUGUCCACCAUCGUUCCGGUAUACCAGUCCGAGAUCUCCCCCCCGCACAACCGUGGAAAGCUUGCCUGCAUCGAGUUCUCUGGCAACAUUAUCGGUUAUACCACCUCGGUCUGGGUCGAUUACUUCUGCGGCUUCAUCGACAGCGACAUGUCAUGGCGUCUCCCUCUCCUGAUGCAGUGCGUGAUGGGAGCUCUUCUCGGCUUCGGCAGUCUGGUGAUUGUCGAAUCCCCAAGAUGGCUUUUGGACAACGAUCAUGAUGAGGAGGGUAUCGUCGUCAUUGCCAAUUUGUACGGGAAGGGUGACAUCCAUAAUCCCAAGGCCAGGGAUGAGUACCGCGAAAUCAAGAUGAAUGUACUUCUCCAGCGACAAGAAGGGGAGCGCACGUACGCCGAGAUGUUCCGCAAGUACAAGACCCGCGUCUUCAUUGCCAUGUCGGCCCAGGGUCUCGCCCAGCUUAACGGCAUCAACGUCAUUAGCUACUACGCCCCCUACGUUUUCGAGUCGGCAGGCUGGGUCGGCCACGAUGCUGUACUCAUGACUGGUAUCAACGGAAUUACGUACCUGUUGUCGACCAUCCCUCCCUGGUACCUGGUUGACAGGUGGGGUCGGCGUCCAAUCCUUCUGAGUGGUGCCAUUAUCAUGUCCAUUUCGCUGUCCUUGAUCUCGUACUGGAUCUACCUCGACAUCACGUACACACCAACUCUGGUCGUCAUAUUUGUCAUGAUUUACAACGCGGCGUUCGGGUACUCAUGGGGACCGAUCCCUUGGCUCUACCCCCCGGAGAUCCUGCCCCUGAACAUUCGCUCCAAGGGUGCCAGUCUGUCCACGGCGACCAACUGGGCCUUCAACUGGCUGGUUGGAGAGAUGACGCCCAUUCUGCAAGAGUGGAUCAAGUGGCGGUUGUAUCUCGUGCACGCCUUUUUCUGCGCAGUCAGUUUUGUUGUCGUGUACUUCAUCUACCCCGAAACUUGUGGAGUCCGUCUGGAAGAGAUGGACUCGCUUUUCGGAGACGCCAGUACUGCCAUCGGAACGCCGUCGAUACACGCCGCCGAAAACGACUCGCUUAUGCGCGUCGGAUCUCCUAUCGGGUCCAUUGACUAUCGAGGCCGACCCGGCAACUUCACCGCCAACAGUGCCAUCCCCGGCCUGUCACUGGACCCGCCUGACAUUCCCGAUGGCAAGGGUCAGGACGGCGAGGCGAGCAGCACCAUUAGUGGAUGGGUCUCCAGAGUUGUCGGUCGCACACGAGACCAGAGCAGUGGCGGCAGUGGUAGAUAUGCUCCGGUCAAUAACCAGGAUGAUUGA